UCUACGCGUUGGCUGCGCUGGUUCAGUUGAUCGACGACUUUUAUUGGAUAAGCAGCGUUUUCCAGCGAGCUCCCGAGCAUUGCGCCGUUCGAAGAUUCGGUCCAACAUUCCCGCAGAAAUUGGAUGAAGAAGAAGGACCUUGUGAAGAUUUAGUGGAACGUAUUUCGAUAUCGGUGUGUGAUUGACAAAUUUUCAGUUUGGGGAAAUUGAGGAAGCAAAGUGCACUUACAAUCAUUUGGAAGAUCGAGGAAGAAUACGGCGCACGGAAGCCUUGUGGAAGAUUUUCGGUGCGAUAUUGUCCGGGUGCCAGAGAUUCGAGUGUGAGACCUGACGGGAAGGUGUGCCCUCAGGGGGCUAGUUGAGGAAUUGAUCUUACAACAGUGGUGAAGGGUGGUGAAAUUGUUGUUGGCUCGAUCGCCGCGCAGGAAAGUGAAUGUAGCUCUAGCGAGACCAGUUAGUCAGUCCAGCAGAAUCAGUGGGGCGACCUUUUACUGCUGAUAGCGCCGCGAUCGCACAGUUGCUGUAUAUUCCCGACAGUUUCGUAAUAACAGGCAACGGCAAGUGAAUGGAACAGUGACAGUGAUUACGAAAGUGUUUCGGAAAAGAAACGAUCACCGACAAGGAUAUUGAUUACCAACACUGGUUGAAGCAGUCAAAGGAAGAUCCGCGAAUAGCUGGUGGACUCCGGCCUUAAAUCAAAUACAAAUCAAUCACCGCAUCGUACCCUACCGGAAAAAAGGCGUUCCAACGAGAAUUGUGUGCAUGUGAUUAGAAUUUCAAGUGUGCCAUCCACCCACCAGCCGAUCGCGAAAGAAUAGAAUUCAAUCAAAGCCGGUAAUGUACAUCCGGCUUUUUCGAUGUGACAGCAUUUUACGACCAGGUGUUUAAGCCCUUCUCCAUCACCUUAAGAAUUCUCGAGAAGACCCGUUAGAGACACACUCCGCCACACAGAAGGAGUUACCACGCGAAUAGUGUUCUUCCCUUUCGGUAAUCAUAAGUUAUUGUGAUUUACGACUCAAAGUGUUCAUCCAUCGACGACGAAAAACUGUUUAUCCAAUAGAAAGAAGUGCGACGCAGUGAGGGAGCAGCUUACCUAGAAGAAGAAACCCUCCACGGGGGACCGCCUCAGUUAUAGGCAAGCAGCAAAAUUACACCGAGCAGCAAUUAGAAAGACGCAACAAUGUUUCCGCUUCAACGAGGAGCGGCAACAUGGUUAUUUCUCGUGCUAACGACGACCGUGACACUGCUGGCCGCGCCUAGGUCAGCAUCGGCCGCCGAGAACAACCAACGGGUGGUGUGCUACUACACGAACUGGUCCGUCUACCGGCCCGGAACGGCUAAAUUCAACCCGCAGAACAUCAACCCGUACCUGUGCACCCAUCUGAUCUACUCGUUUGGAGGAUUCACCAAGGAGAAUGCCCUCAAACCGUACGACAAGUACCAGGACAUCGAGCAGGGCGGGUUCGCCAAGUUCACCGGCCUCAAGACGUACAACAAGAACCUCAAGACGAUGCUGGCCAUCGGCGGUUGGAACGAGGGUUCAUCGCGGUUCUCUCCUCUGGUAGCCGAUUCCGAGCGACGAUCUCAAUUCGUCAAGAAUACCAUCAAAUUCCUGCGACAGAACCAUUUCGACGGGUUGGAUCUGGACUGGGAGUAUCCGGCUUUCCGGGAUGGAUCCAAACCGAAGGAUCGCGAGAACUACGCCCAGCUGGUACAGGAACUGCGUGAAGAAUUCGAACGGGAGUCGAGCAAAACGGGGCGACCGAGGUUGCUGCUGACGAUGGCCGUGCCAGCCGGUAUCGAGUACAUCGAGAAGGGAUACGACGUGGCCAAGUUGAACAAGUACCUGGAUUGGUUCAAUCUGCUGACGUACGAUUACCACAGUGCGUACGAGCCGGCCGUCAACCACCAUUCGCCGCUGUACUCGCUGGAGGAACCGUCGGAGUAUAACUUCGAUACCGAGUUGAAUAUUGACUAUAGCAUCAAGUUCUACCUGAACGCCGGUGCCGAUCGGGACAAGCUCGUGCUGGGUAUUCCCACCUAUGGUCGCUCGUACACGCUCUACAACCCGGAUGCCACCGAGAUCGGAUCGCCUGCCGAUGGACCGGGAGAGCAGGGUGACGCCACCCGGGAGAAAGGUUAUCUGGCCUACUACGAAAUCUGUACCGCGGUGAAAGAAGACCCGGAAUGGACCGUUGUGCAACCGAAUCCCAAUGCCAUGGGUCCGUAUGCUUUCAAGGGCAACCAGUGGGUUGGGUACGACGAUGAAGCUAUCGCUCGCAAGAAGGCCAAGUACGUGGCGGAGAACGGUCUGGGUGGUAUUAUGUUCUGGUCGAUCGACAACGACGAUUUCCGCGGAACCUGCCAUGGAAAGCCAUAUCCGAUCAUUGAAGCCGCUAAGGAAACACUGCUGGCCAGUACGGACAUCGGUGCCAAUGACAUCGCCGCCCCAAGUCGUCCAAGGAAGCCAUCGAGAUCGCGUAGCCGACCAGGAACUACCAGCCGCAAUCGCUUGACCACCGAUAACAACAACGAGAUCAAGUCAUCGUUCAAGAGUUCCCAGGGCAGGAAGAACAGCCGACCGGCACCGAGAGCAACGACGACAACUACCACCACCACCACAACCGAGGGCUCUCUGUACAUCGGAGGACGUACAACCACUCCGCAGCCACCGACAACUCCAGAUCCAGGAGCAGACUUCAAGUGUACCGAUGAGGGUUUCUUCCCGCAUCCACGCGACUGCAAGAAGUACUUCUGGUGUUUGGACGCGCCUGCCCUUGGUCUGGUAGCUCAUCAGUUCACCUGUCCGUCCGGGCUGGUGUUCAACAAGCUGGCCGAUUCCUGUGACUACGCACGCAACGUAGUUUGUGCCAAGACCGCUCCAUCGACGACCACCACGUCAACGUCAACUACGACUUCCACCACCACGACAACGACUCCGGCUCCACGAAGCCGCGUUACCAUUUCCACGACUCGUAACAACUUCUUCAAUCGUGCUCUGACCACAACCACCACUACGGAGCCUCCGAUCGAGAUCGAUUACUCCGAUGAAGAAGAGGACGAGGUUCAGCCGGAAGAAGACCCCAAGGUGAUCAAGGAACUGAUUGCAUUGAUCAAGAAGGUCGGUGGCAUUGAGGAAUUGGAACGUCAACUGCAGGCGCAGGAAGAUGGAUCAAUCGUGCUGAAGGAUGAAAAGGCGGAUCAGAUCUCAACGACCCAGUCCACGAUCAGCAAGAGCUUGUACGAACGCGUCUUGAGCCGUGCUGGAAAUGGAUUGCAAAAGUUCCGACCGGCGUUGACGUUCACGCAGACGGACAAGAGUGGUUCAACCGAGAACAAGUAUUCGUCGGUGGUGAGAAAUUCGAACACCAAUUCGUACACGAACAGCCGAGUUGCACCGCAAAACGAUGGGAUCGAGCAGUUGCCAGAAUUCGAAGGAGUGUUCAAGGAACGGCCAAAGUACGUUACGUUGAACCGAGCACGACCAACCAAGGCUAGCGUGGAAGAUGAUGCGGAUGAUCGAUACGGCGAGGAACCGUACGAAGAAGAGGAAAACCAACCGUCGACUUUCGCCACCAAGAGGCCAACGUCCAGUCCGAAGUAUGUGAGCAUUCGACGACAACGGCCAACGACGGCGUCCGAUGCUGAUGAGGACGAGGAAGAGGAAAAUGCCCCAGUGCAACAGCAGCAGCAGUACAGUAGUGUGAAUCGGAAUCGUUUUCGGCAGACCACUACGGAGGAACCCGUGGAUGAAGUUGAACGAGUGCCAAGCCGGUACAACACGAUCGAACGUCGUCGAGCUACCGCGCAGUACAACCGUCUGCAGGAGGGAGAUAAAGAUGAUGUAGGCACUGAUUCGUCUCUAUUGGUACCUUCUACCGAUUACGAAACCAUUUACACUACAUCGUCCACUACCGAUGCACCAGAACAGUUCAUCACGUACAGUACACGACAGUACGCUAGCGUAGAACGUAGCAGUACGACCGAGGCUACGCCACAGACCGGCGGCCCAAGUGCUACGGAUCUUACGCAAUCCAUUCCAACCACCACCACUACAACAGCAAACGAAAACAAUGUACAGUACUUCAAUACAGACUUACAGACAGACCUUCCCGAGCGGGAUGGUCCGGUAGACACUGUUUCCGAUCUAGAUUUAAGUAGAACGGCCGACUCGGACAGCCUGACGACGGACGACGCGGUGACCGUAGAUUAUAGCAAGAACGAACCGACCUACGAGGUAACCACUUUACUAAACCUAGGUGAGAGUGUUACUGGUAGUAGUGUUAGUGAGUUAGAAACGAGUGAGUUUAGUAGUAGUGUUGGUACUAGUGGUGAUAGCGUUAAUCCUAGAGUUCAGGAAGGCGAAGAUCAGUCCAAGUUGCUGACGACUUCGCAGCCUGCAGCGACGACCUAUGCUAAUGAGGUUCCAACAACUGCCGUUAGCCCCACAACAACAGCAACCGUUAGCUCCACUAGCGAAAAAUUGAUCGGUACUAACGAUGAACAGUCUAACUCGAUUUACAAAUUCCCAUCAAGAACUAGGAAAAUCACCACCACCGCUAGUCCCCUAGAAGUUGUCACUAAUAAGCAAGAGUUCGAAUUAACCCAAACGCAGGCUGCCCCGCGUCCAUUCGGAGGGGCGGUCCGGCGUACGCGUCCAACACGCCGUCCUACGAGCAGCGCAACUACGACAACUUCAGCUCCCGAAGAUUUUACUACGCUUCGCUCGGUAAAGGUGAGUUAUGCCAAUAGCCAGAGAUUUGAUCUUUCAGCUAGACGUAGAAGUGGCGUUGCCGGAUCGACUCCUGUCGCAGUGAAUCCUAGCAACAACGAGGUAGGUAUUGCUAGUGAUUCUCUGGUCACCGAUCCGAGUCCACGCCCGACCCGUACUCGAGGCUUCCGAGGUCGCGUACGGUUCGGACCUUCUACGGAAUCAAGUUCCAUUCCGACGGAAUCCGCUUCUAUCGCUUCUGUUGCUUCUGCCGAACCCACUCGACGGCGACAACAGUCGUCGGAUUCUUUUGCACGCAAUCGUUUCUCUUUGAAUCGGGCUUCCAGUCGCGCAACGACUGAAGCAACAAGUUCUGCAACCGAACGGUUCACCACUACGGAGCAGCCAGUUGAGCAAUCAACUGCUAGGGCUUCACUCAGGAGGUUGAACUUUAACCAAUACAGCGGUAGAACAAGUACCGAACCGACGACAACCACCACAGUCGAACCGGAAAUCGAAACGGAUUCACCAGUCAUCAACUUGCAGGUCAAAUCGCACACAGGAAUCGACGAAGAUCUGUUCAAAACUCAGGAACGUAUUCUGCUCACGCUGGGUACUGCUUUGCAGUAUGGAUUCAGCAAUCGCAAUGAACUGAACAGCCGGCGAAUCCAGGACAGUGAACCGAAGCUAGUCAAAGGAACAGUGGAGAAUUCUCCCAUUACGAACGUGAUUCGUGAGCGGCCCACGGUCAAGUCUCGCUCUCACGAUACCAUAGAUAACCAGCUUGCCGAAGACAUCAACGAAAUGGCUACAGAACCGGUCUUUGUUUCGACUUCGGAACGUGCCUCACCUGUCUAUGAAAGUACCGUAAGCGACCAGGAGCGAACCAUCGACUACACUACCGUAUACAGUGUUAACCCGGCUGAAGUUGAGACUACAACCCCCGCUCAACGUAAGUUCUUCACCACACUUCGCGGACGAUCAUCGUCAACAACAACGGAAUCUAAUGACACCACUCUGAAAGUUGUUCUCUCAGAGGUGAAUACAAACAAGACAUUCAUCCCAGGAAAAGUGCGGCCAACACGUCCUGGAAGAUUCCGCACUACAACCACCGCUACCUCGUCGGAAACUAUCAAUGAAGCAUCCACUUUGAGAUCCAAGUUCCCACCUAGGAAGACAUUUGUAACACCAAGCACGAACGCCAUAGCUAACGAAGCAGCCGACAAGCCUUCGCGAAGACCUUCUCCCUUCAUUCGAAGACAGCGACCGACUCCCGCAAGCGCAACAUCAUCGAUCGCGACAUCUGAGUCAUCUCCAGAUACUGAAAACAGCGAAACCACCGAGAAAGCUCCAGGUAUCUCAACAACGGUCAGCAGACGUCGUUUGGGACGCCGAAAGCUUACAACAACUGCAAGCACGGAGAAACCAAUGGAAGAAGUCCAUCGAGAACGCCCAGCUGGAUUCACCAGACGUCAACGGUUACCGUUCGGUCGUUCCACUACAGCUGAGACCCCCACCACCGCUCAGCGUGCAGCAACAACCACAACCUCUGAACCAUUCACAGCGGAGCCAACCUACCCGGAUAGCGCAGUGGGAAAUUCAGACUUCACCACCGUAAUCUCGGACGUUUCCAACGAAAUCGAAUCCACUUUCAUCACCAACGAAGUGCUGACCAGUGAAAACUUCCUGCGACAGCAACUGCCUGAAUCACAAGAGGUGAACAACUCGGAAGAAACAACCGAGCUACUGUCGACCGUUGUCACCGCCGAACCAGCAACGGAAACUGCUCCCACUCGGCAGCAAUCGAAACGCCCCGUCCAGCGCUUCAAUGAUAGCCAACAAAUCGAAUCGGAAGUCGUUCCAAGUCGCAGUCCGAACCGAGCGUUUGGUGCACCUCGUAGAAAGUUCGGUGCAUCGACCACGACCACCACGGAAGCUCCGGAAGUAUCCACCAUUAAGAAGUUCAUCCCAUCUCGUCAGAAUCGUCCUUCAUUCUCGCUAGCACGUGCACGCGCCUCGUCCACUACCGAAAAUCCGUCCGAGCAAGAUCAACCGGAACAAUCGGUGGCUAGUUCAACAGCCCGAUCAUUCUCACCAACUCGGCGACGAAAUCAGCUCAACUUUGGAGCUCGUACCUCGACAACUGCUGCCAGUGCCGGAGAGGAUGUGGAAGUAUCCUCUAGCAGACCGCUGACUCCAACGCGCCGUAGACCGACAUUCAAUGCGAGCCGGACGCCACGACCACAAUCCUUCGAAGACUCUUUUGACAAAGCCUCAGCUGCACCAGCUGUAGCGAAACCAAGCGCUGGAAGAGUGAGCCGCCCGUCGUCGGCUUUGUUGCCAAGAAGGCCGAAUCUGUUUGCUCGCACCACGACUACAACUACGGAAGCCUACACAGAGUUUGAAACCGAUGAGAAGACUACGCUGGAGGAGGAAAGCAGCGGAGAGCGAUAUGGACCGAGUACCCGCGGUUACAGUGAGAUAAGACGGCCGAGCUCGUCGGAAGAGAGGGAUGGAGUCACAGGAAGGUACAGUGCAGAGGUUGAGGACAGCGAGAAUGAAGUUCAGCGGCAGGGUAAGAAGUUGUUUGGGCAGUUGGGAAGUGGAAACAACAAUUUGGACGACGAGGGACGAUCGCGGGAACGAGGAUCUGCUGAGGUUGUUGGUUUCAGAAGACCUGGACCGAGGAUUGUGGGUUCAGGAGGACGAGUGCAGGCACCAAGGAACAACACCAGGUUCAUUUUCCACAACAAGGAAGAGGGUUCUUCGACGACAGCCAGAGCAAUUACAACAAGGGCUAGGAGAAUAUUUGGAAACGUUGCAGGAUAUAAGCCUGGCAAUGGAACCAGUGCAAGUGUUUCCCCUAGUGGCGGUGCCACUACGGCUAAACCAAAAUUGACUACUCGAGGUAGACCAGUUUUCGGUAGGUCACGAUCUACGACUGCUUCGGGAGCAUCCGGAGAAGAUAAGGUUGUAGCGCAGCGAGUCAACGAAUCACAGCAAGGAGCGGUGACAACGAGACGUUAUCAACCGAAGAAACCUACUCGGAAACCAAGCUUCACGACCGUUUCGUUGCCUGUCGGUGGCAGUAGAACUCGAACGAAUUUGUCAAGUUUAUUCAAUCGUAACCAGCCAGUAGUACUAACAACCACCGAGCAGAGCUCGGAUCUAAUCCAACCAGAGACGACUAUCCCGAGCGUAGAAUCACAGACUCCGGCGAUAUUGUCGGUGCUGCCAAUCGAGCAGAGUGCACCGUCACAGCCAACCACUACACCCACCACACUCGAUAGUGAGAACGAAAUCGAGAACACCACUUCAUACGAAGAUACAAUCAACACAGUCAGAACUACCACCGAAUACUACACAGCAUCUGAUGAAACUCUCUACACGACACUCAAUACGGCCGACACAAUUUACACCAUUAAUGAUAAUAUCGAUAUUGAUGAUGUCAAUGUAUUGCAGGAACGUAGUAGAACAUCCACCACCACGGUCCGACCAACGACGCUCUACCAUGUGUUCUCGAUCGAUAAGGAGAGCGAAUCGAUGCCGUCGUCGACGGAGAUUUACCGCACUGAAGAGCAAGAGAUCGAACUGCCAUCGACGAACAAGACGGACAAACUGGUUGAGAUCCAUCGCGUGGUGGAGAUCUACACGAAGAAUACCAGCAAUCCGGACGAGAUCCCAGUCAUGCAGAAGCUGGGUGAAAUCAAUCGUAAGAUCAUUAUCCGGCUCGUUGAACCGAAGAACAAGACUGCGGCAGAGACUGAGGAGGACAAAGAGAAGAAAAGCCGAACGCUAGUGUUCGCUGAUAACAUCUUCAAUGUGGAAACGUCCACAAUCCCGCUGGAAGGAUUGUUCGAUGCCGAUAAGGACGGUAGAACCGGUCGUACCGAAUUCCAAACAACCGAAUUGAACAUGGAAGAAGAUCUGACCACCGUCGCACCCCAAGUGGAGAUCGAACGUAUCUCUAGUGUAGACUUUGGAUCAACCGAACGUGACCAGGAGGAACUGGUUACCAUUACACCUUUGAUCGCCGAAACGGAACGAUACACUCAGGUAACUACUUCCCCGCUAAAGCCAGAUACUGAGCGAAGUGUAGAUUUUGAAGACACUACUGUGAACGAGGAGGAACAGUCUACGGAUUAUUACGCUGAUGAGUUACCGACGACAGUGCCGGUUCAGUCUUCGACGACUACGACUUCGACGACGACCACGACCACUGAAGAACCAACGACUGUGCCUCCGACGGAGAUCCCAGUCUCAUCUUCCACACAGGUUGUUCACAAGUACACGCUCCCAGCAGAAUUUGCUUUCAUUGAACCAUCCGAUGAACCGACAACAACGACAACAGCUCCAACAACUAUGCCACCAACUUCCACGACUUCGACCACUACCACCACGACUACAACGACAACCACUCCAGAACCUCCAACGGCUUCCCCUGAAACUCCUGCUCCGGAGCGUGUACGACCGCUGGUCAUUCCCAGCGCAGAGACUAAGAAGAAGUACACGAAACGUCCCAAGACGACCGUGUACCGACCACAACUGGACUUUAUCUACACGAACGAAAACUCUAGCGAAGACGAACCGGCCGUCGCAGUCGAACAGGUAACUGAACCACUUCCCAGCACCUCAACCCAGAAAGUACAAAGCACUAGUAGAAAGUACGUUCCCUCGGUAGCACUGCGAUCUGGUGAUGGUUUGUCCUUCCGUAAGUCAAAGGAUAUUCAGGUAGCCCCACUGCCAAAGGCAGCCGCAUCCAGGGCCACUACCGCCAAACCGAAGUUCACGACGACAACCGCAACUCCCAGAACAACUACCACCACAACGACGACAACUACCACCACCACAACCGAAGCGCCUGUAACCAAGGUGGACUUCAACAUCAAGUACGUUCUGCCAGUGUUCAAGCCGGAUCUCGUCAGCGAGCUCAAGAUCGAAAGCAAGAACGAUAAGUACAGCGUUCCGCUGUCUUCGCUCUACCAUCCGGACUUUAUCACGAAAUCCGUCUCGGGAGAACAGCGACAGGAGCGCCAGUACUCGCCCGUCUAUCGACCGGAACUAGACAACGACGAGCUAACGCGAGCGCUGACCAGCGAUCCCGAUCCAGUCGCUCUGGAGGCCGCCAGUUUGGAUCGCGAGAUCCUCGGCGAUCGAAGCACCAACGACAGCGAGAGCGAAGAACGCCUCGAAGUCCGCAGCAUACCGUCGUACUUCUACCGGCGAGCUGGGGAGGUCAGUUAAACCCCCUUAAAUCACCCUCUUACCCCUAAGUCCGGAACAGAAUCCAGCAUACAAAAAAAAACACAUCCCCUCUCACAAUGUACCGAGAAUGUUGCAUGCCGGGAGACAGAAAGCUGUGCUCGUUUAAUACGUGAAUGCGUUUCCGUUCUAGCUGGCAACCCAGCCGCUCGUAUGCCCACGGGUUGCCAUCGCAUUUUUUUAUAUAUCUCUAAUCCUCCGAAACAACGAGAUGCCAUAGAUUUUAACUAAUUUAUUGUUGUUUCUUCUAACUGUUUUUAUAACUCGGAAAAAAUGACCCAGAAUAUUCUCUAAUCAGCUUGUUGUAUGUGUCCUAUCCCCCCAAUUGAAAUACCCACUUGAUCGAUGAUAUUACCAUGGUAACGAGAGUGUUUUAUUGUGUAUAUGUUUGUGUGUGUGAACGGUAUUUAUUCUAACCUUUUAAUGAGGCACUCCGCCCUUUGUGUAGUUUCCCUGUUAUUCGUAUAAUACUCUACUACCCUUCUUUUAGUACGUAAGUUUGUGUGAUCAACAACACAUACCCAUUCACACAAACACAGGAACAAUGAAUUCACAAAUACUAGCGUGAUUGACUGCUCUUCUUAUGUUGUUGUUGUUGCUGUUGUUGUUGAUGCACCCUAUUAGUCUUUCCCCACAAUCUGAGUCAGAGUGAAUGAUUGCGUUUUUAUUCACAAAACCAUACUUUGCACCCUAGCACCACAGUCUGUUGUUGUUUUACUUUUUCUUCCCCUCUGCACCAUUUUGUACUUUAAUCAACACUUUUUCUCUAGCUCACACUUGAAACAAGUUAGUUUUAGCUGAACAACGCUAGUCUUUAAGUAAAAGUGAACACCAGAACACAAGAUGGCGGCGCACCCAAGCUAUCCGCUUGUCACAGAAACGAAAUGACUCUUUGACGCAACAAGUAACAAACAAAGUAUGCUGUGCCCAAUAGAUGAGCAGCGGUAAUCAGUUUGAAAAGCAUUUCGUAACGUGCAGAAGUGUAGGUUUAAGCUAGAAACUCGGAAUUAUAAGUAGAUAGUGGACUCGUUAGGCUAUAGAUUCUAUUCCCCUACACUGCGAAAAGACACCUUCUUUUCUUCAGAUACUGUUUCUCAUGGACAGUUGUGCGAUUUAGUGUAAAUAACAUUUAUUAUCACACUUUUCUCGGCCUAUCACUGCUAUCACCCUGUCACAAAUCCGAGCAAAAACAAAAACACAGACACGUAAACAGGAAGAAUCGAGCUACGGAAGACGAAAGUUAAAAAAAAAAAACAAUGUGUACAUAGCUAAAAUAGUCGGUAGUCAUAUUUAAAAUAAUUACGAUUAGUACGAAGAGAAGCGUAACGCUGCGAGAACAUACUCUCCCACAAGUAUAAACAAAUCCCCAUAACAAGAGCUGUUAGCACUGUUUUUGUAUACAUAAAAACACUGGAACAAGCAUACGAAAAUGUUCAAAACAAA